AGUUGGAGCCCAUCCGACUCAAAUCAAAGCUCUAGGUUAAAACAUCCAACUUGAAGUGAGCUAAAAUUCGACGGAAGUCUAACCAAUUUUGUUUCAUUUUAAUGUCAUAAUAAUUCAUACAAUCAAACAGUGUGACCGGAAUAAGUUGCGGGGAAGUCUAAUUUACUGGCGUACCAAACGAGGCCACCGCUGUAUAGGCUGUAGCGGCAGCACGAAUAAAAGCGAGGCGACAUCUCUUCCACAUAAGCCUCCCACUUGUUUCUCUCUCAGUCAUUUGUUCAAAAUGACGACGCGAGAGAGAUGCACAAUAGAGUGCCCCAAUGGGAUAAAACUCGACGGUUCUGUUUUCAAACCUGAGAAGAAAAAUGAUACUAUAGGAGUAGUUCUUGUUCAUCCAUACUCUGUUUUGGGUGGCUGUCAAGCUCUGAUGAGGGGUAUUGCUCGUAAUUUAUCUGAUCAUGGCUAUCCGGCACUCAUUUUCGACAUGAGAGGUGUCGGAAAAUCCACUGGAAGGGCUUCUCUCACCGGCUUCUCUGAAGUCAACGACGUCAUUUCUGCCUGCAAAUGGUUAUCCACUACUCUCUCUCUUCCACGUAUUCUUCUUGUGGGCUCCUCUGCUGGUGCCCCGAUUGCUGGAUCCGCGGUUGAUCAGGUAGAGGAAGUUGCUGGUUAUGUUAGUUUGGGUUAUCCGUUUGGCCUGACUGCUUCUAUUCUCUUUGGUAGACAUCACAAGGCGAUAUUACAAUCUCCAAAACCAAAGCUAUUUGUGAUGGGAACUAGAGAUGGAUUUACUAGUGUGAAGCAGUUGGAGAAUAAAUUAAAAUCUGCAGCAGGUCGUGUAGAAACCCAUCUGAUUGAAGGUGCGAGCCACUUUCAAAUGGAAGGUGCUGGAUAUGAUGCUGAGAUGACAAACCUUAUUACAAAGUUCAUUUCAUCACUGUGAGUGUGCUAUUACAUUGGGAAACCAUAUUAAACAUCAUGAAUCCUGCAUGUUGAGACUCCCAUGAGAAGAUGUAUGAUUAGCAUUAGGUGAUGUAUUUCAUAUGUAAACUACUUCUGCCAGUUGCUCUCGACUGCCUAGUGUGUGCUGCAAAUUAUUAGAGAAAAAAAUUAAUUUACAAUAUCUUCAUUUAAUUAAAUUUCUGUAUGACAGCUUUUUGAAAUCUUUCUCUUUUUUUGUC